AUGGUAAUAAACAUCAAUUUUGGUGAACAAAUUAUCACUUUGCUCCUUGAGAAGACAUCAGUCACACCACCUUGGGUUCCUACUUUCGACUCCAAUAUGGAGGAGGGUAGAAUUUCAAACAUCCCUGAGAAAAUAUCUAUUAUGGACUCAAAUGUUAUGGACUCAAAUGUUAACAUGGGUGAUGGGAGUUCAACAUCAGCCAAUGAAACUACAAAUGUUCCACUACCACCACCUUCGUCUCCACCACAAACAUCUACACUUCUACCUACAUCAGUUCUCGUUGUUUCUCCUACGUUUCAGGGUGUUAUGAAUGUUGGGUUUUGA